AUGAUAAUACCAUCUUACAUCCCCGGUAUGCGCAGCAGGAAAUGGUACAUGCAGCAGCACCUUGACCUCGCCGAGGGCAAAGUUGAAGCCGAUGCAAGACGUUGGGCCAGUGGCCACGAAAACAGCGAAGGGAAGAUGGUGAGUCGGAGCUAUACUCCGACUUCAAGUAACGCCGAUCGAGGCCGUAUGGAGCUUGUCGUUAAAACCUAUGAGAAAGGUUUCAUGUCGCAGUAUCUGGCAAACCUGAAAAUCAACGAAAAAGCCGACUUUCGCGGUCCGGGUGGAAAGAUGAAAUAUACCCGGUAUCUCGCCAAAGAUAUAGGCAGGGUAGCUGGCGGUACAGGAAUUACGCCGAUGUUCAGUAUAAUCAAAGCAGUGUGCACGAAUGACAAGGAUAACACAAAGCUUAGCUUGCUAUACGCCAACAAGACAGAAGAAGACAUCCUGCUUCGUGAAGAGGUCGACCGGUACGCCCAAGAGCAUCCCAACAAAUUCAAAGUUUGGUAUGUGUUAUCUUCAGCACCAGAGGGCUGGGAAUAUGGGACUGGGCGUAUCGACAAGGACAUGGCCAAGACCCAUCUGCCCGCCCCCAACGGCAAUGAGUCGAAGAUCCUUCUCUGUGAGCCCCCUGGCCUCCAAACAGCGAUGACCGACAACUUGGUUGAACUAGGCUUUCGCCGCCCAGGUAACGUUGCACGCAUGACCGAUGAAAUCUUCAUAUUUUGA